UUACUAAUACACGCAAGUUUACAUUUAUAAAAUGAAAUAAGAUUAUCUUGACACGUGCGUUGAUUUUUCCUAACCUUCUUGACCAGAAUAAGCCAUUCGUGAGAAACGUCAGUACUUUUUGUCAACAUCAGAUUAUUCUGAUAAGAUUCGGUUUCAUAGAAGUCAAAAGGAACAACAAUUAUUUAAGUAUGUUAAAAUCGACAACAAAAACGCUUUUAGAAGGGCGAAUUAUUUUAGCAAGUGGUUCUCCUAGAAGACGAGAAAUACUUCAAAAUUUGGGAAUAAAAGCAGAAGUCAUUCCUUCAACAUUUGAUGAAAAUUUAAAUAGAAGUAAUUAUAAAAGCCAUGGUGAUUUUGUAGCUGAUCUUGCUGCACAUAAGGUUCAAGAAGUAUUUGAAAGAUUGAAAGAAGCUAAAGAUUCUAAAGCAUCUUUAAUAAUUGGUGCGGAUACAAUUGUCACUCAAGGAGACACAAUUUAUGGAAAGCCAAAAGAUGAAGAAGAUGCUUUUGACAUAUUAUCAAACCUUGCAGGGAAAACUCACACUGUAUUUACAGGUGUCUGUUUGAAAACUCCAAAAAAAGAAUUAAAAUUUUGGGAGUCCACUGAAGUUACAUUUGGACAUGUAACAGAACAGCAAAUCAGAGCAUAUGUUGAAACCGGAGAGCCACUAGAUAAAGCUGGUGGCUAUGGAAUACAAGGAAUUGGAGGAUGCUUAGUGGAGAAAGUGAACGGAGACUUCUAUACAGUUGUGGGGUUGCCACUUUAUUCGACAAUAAAACAGUUGAACAACUUAUUUUGUGAAGCAUGACAUAGUAAAUAGAUAAUACAAUGAAAAUUGUCAUAAUUAUGAGAGUACAAAUUGUAAUAUGUAAGUUAUUACACAUUGUGAUAAAUACUGUAUAGUUAAUAAUAUAUAAUACUACAAAAAUCACACCGUACAUAAAUGUUAUUGCUCACAGUCAUUGAUAAAAGCAAAAAAGCUAAUUGAUCUUUAGGUACGUUCAGUCUAUGAAAAAUAAAUCAUAAAUGAUUGGAUGUUUAAAAGAUGUUAAUUAAUUUAGUGUAAAUAAUAAGUAUAUAUAAUAUACAUGAAACUUUUUGAUAAAUAGAAUAAUUUUAAAAAGCAAUAAAAUCAUUGCUUUUUGAUUCUUAAAGAAUGAUUUAUGUAUAUAAAAAAUAUUGUUGAAAGCUGUCAAUUCAACAUGGAAUUAUUUCCAAUUUUUUUUCAAAUUAUAAUCUAGGUCUUCUGUUUUUAUUAUGUUACUUUAUGUGAAAAUUAAAGCACUUAUCAUACUA